AGGCUGACCUGGCCCUGAGGCAUGUUAAUAAUGGAUGAAGGCCCUGAGGAUGUUUUGGUGUGGUCUCAAUGGGAGAUCACACUGUGUGACUGUCUCACACACGCACAAACGCACUCACACACACACACACACACAUGCAUCUACGUGCACACACACACAAACAUGCAUCUACGUGCACACACACAUGCAGUGAAAAAGUAUUUGCCCCCGUUCUGAUUUUCUCUAUUUUUGCAUAUUUUUGACACUGAAUGUUAUUAUAUCUUCAACCAAAACCAAAUAUUAGGGAACCUGAGUGAACAAAUAAUACAAAAUGUUGAUAAUUAAAUCAUUUAUUUUAUAAACAAAUUUAUGCAACACCCAAUGCAUCUGUGUGAAAAAGUAAUUGCCCCCUUACACUCAAUCAUUGGUUGUGCCACCUUCAGCUGCAAAGACUGCAACCAAACGCUUCCUGUAAUUGUUGAUCAGUCUCUCACAUUGCUGUGGAGGAAUUUGGUCCCACUCUUCCAUGCAGAACUAUUUUAACUCAGCAACAUUUGUGGGUUCCAGGUCCUGCCAAAACAUCUCAAUGGGGUUUAGGUCUGGCCAUUCCAAAACUUUAAAUGUGUUGCUUUUCAGCCAUUCUGAUGUAGACUUGCUUGUGUGUUUUGGAUCAUUGUCUUGCUGCAUGACCCAGUAGCGCUUCAGCUCACAUUUUCCUUUAUAAUUCUCUGAUACAGAGCAGAAUUCAUGGUUCCUUCAAUGAUGGCAAGUCAUCCAGUUCUUGAGGCAUUAAAGCAUCCCAAACUAUCACACUACCAUCACCAUUCUUGACCAUUGGUAUGAGGUUCUUACAGUGGAAUGCAGUGUUGGGUUUUCGCCAGACAUAAAGGGACCCAUGUCAUCCAAAAAGUUCCAGUUUUGACUCAUCUGUCCAUAGAACGUUCUUCCAGGAGUCUUGACGAUCAUCCAGGUGCUUUUUGGCCAAUGUGAGUCGACUUUUUGGACGACAUGGCCACCGUUAUGUCUGGCGAAAACCAAACACUGCAUUCCACAGUAAAAACCUCAUACCAAUGGUCAAGUAUGGUGGUGGUAGUGUGAUGACAGACACACACACACACACAUCGUCUACCUACUCUGACAGGAUUUGAGAAAAGUAAUGAUUCCUGGCCAAAGUGGCCAAUGUGUUUUUUGGAGAUUGCAUUACAUUACAUCAUAUUGAAUCCUGCAAAGGCUGAUACAAUCAGCACUAGCUCCUGGGACCACUUUCUUAUACAAAUCACUUGCCUAUUUCUAACUCGCACAUAAGUGUGUCUCAAAUAGCACCUUAUUCCCUACAUAGUGCACUACUUUUGACCAGAAUCCAUAGGACUGGUCAAAAGUAGUGCACUAUAUAGGGAAUAGGGUGCCAUUUGGGACAUACCUAUAGAUAGCAUAAAGGGAAUCCCUCUAACUGCUAUGCUGACCCUUUCUGCUUCCUUCAGGUGUUUGGAAACAUUGAGCUGAAUGAGGAAUCAGCCAUCAACCACCACAACAACUUCCAGACCUUCUUCCAGGCUCUGAUGCUUCUGUUCAGGUGACCAUCCCUCCACAAUCUCCAUAUUCACCAUAUUCUUCUUUUAGACCUUUUCUCAUGUCUUUCUAUUCUUUCUAUUGCAAUAUAAUGUAGUAAAAUAGCCAUGUAGUUCCUUAUGCUCAUGGUGGUGUUUGUGGUGGAUAUACAGUGUCCAAUGAUGGAUAUACACUGCUUACAUUGCAUGUGUUUGUUUGUGUAUAUGUGUGUAUCUACAAUGUGUGUGUGUGUGUGUGUCCCGUUGCAGGAGUGCAACAGGCGAGGCGUGGCAUGAGAUCAUGCUGUCGUGUCUGAGUAACCGUCCGUGUGAUAAGCUGUCAGGGUCCGCAGGGAAAGAAUGCGGCAGUGACUUUGCUUAUUUCUACUUUGUCUCCUUCAUCUUCCUCUGCUCCUUUCUGGUCAGUAUGGGCCAUCACAAAUGAAUGACCAAUCAGAAUGACCAAUGUCCAAUGAUUGACCAAUGAUCAGCAAUGAAGGACCAUUCACCUCUCCACCUCCCUCUCCCUCCCUCCAGAUGCUCAACCUGUUUGUGGCGGUCAUCAUGGACAACUUUGAGUACCUGACCAGAGACGCCUCUAUCCUGGGGCCUCACCACCUGGACGAAUUCAUCCGUGUUUGGGCCGAGUACGACCCUGCUGCCUGGUACGUGUCUUUAAUCCUCCUCCAGGUGAUUCCCCCCCCCCCCCCCCCCCCCCCCCUGAGUCAAGACAGCAUCAGUUUAAGGUUCAGGAGUGAAGAGGUGAAGAGAGGGAGAUGAAGUGUCAUAGUGAGGGGUGACAAAACAAAGAUGGCUCUAAGUUCCAGUGGGAUGACUCUGUGACAUUUCACAACGUUUGACGGGCAGGGAGGGACUCCCUAUGGGCCCUUGCAUUUUAUAGGCAAUAGGGUUACAUUUGGGACACACUUAUAACCUUCCAGGAACCCUGUAGUCAUGUUGUUAUUUAUACACUGAUUAUACCAAACAUUAGGAACACCUUCCAAAUAUUGAGUUCCACCCCUGGAUUCACCUGGUCAGUUUAUGUUGUGGAAAGAGUUCUUAAUGUUUUGUAUACUCAGUGUAUAUCUGCACUAUAUCUACAGGUGGGCUUUAUUCAAUGACCAAGACUGCGCGCAAUGGAGGAUAUACAGUGCAUUCGGAAAGUAUUCAGACCCCUUGACUUUUUCCACAUUUUCUUAGGUUACAGCCUUCUUUUAAAAUGGAUUAAAUUGUUUUUUUCCCUCAUCAAUCUACCCACAAUACCCCAUAAUGACAAAGCAGAAACAGGUUUUUAGAAAUGUUUGCUAAUUUAUUUAAUAUCACAUUUACAUAAGUAUUCAGACCCUUUACUCAGUACAUUGUUGAAGCACAUUUGGCAGCGAUUAUAGCCUCGAGUCUUCUUGGGUAUGAUGCUACAAGCUUGGCACACCUGUAUUUGGGGAUUUUCUCCCAUUCUUCUCUGCAGAUCCUCUCAAGCUCUGUCAGGUUGGAUGGGAAACGUUGCUGCACAGCUAUUUUCAGGUCUCUUCAGAGAUGUUCGAUCGGGUCCAGGCUCUGGCUGGGCCACUCAAGGAUAUUCAGAGACUUGCCCCGAAGCCACUCCUGCGUUGGCUUGGCUGUGUGCUCAAGGUCAUUGUCCUGUUGGAAGGUUGAACCUUCGCCCCAGUCUGAGGUCCAGAGUGCUCUGGAGCAGGUUUUCAUCAAGGAUCUCUCUGUACUUUGCGCCGUUCAUCUUUGCCUCGAUCCUGACUAGUCUCCCAGUCCCUGCUGCUGAAAAACAUCCCCACAGCAUGAUCCUGCCACCACCAUACUUCACCGUAGGGAUGGUGCCAGGUUUCCUCCAGAUGUGACGUUUGGCAUUCAGGCCAAAGAGUUCAAUCUUGGUUUCAUCAGACCAGAGAAUCUUGUUUCUCAUGGUCUGAGUGUCCUUUAGGUGCCUUUUGGCAAACUCCAAGCGGGCUGUCAUUUGCCUUUUACUGAGGAGUGGCUUCCGUCUGGCCACUCUACCAUAAAGACCUGAUUGGUGGAGUGCUGCAGAGAUGGUUGUCCUUCUGGAAGGUUCUCCCAUCUCCACAGAGGAACUCUGGAGCUCUGUCAGUGUGAUCAUCGGGUUCUUGGUCACCUGCCUGACCAAUGCCCUUCUCCGCCGAUUGCUCAGUUUGGCCGAGCGGCCAGCUCUAGGAAGAGUCUUGGUGGUUCCAAACUUCUUCCAUUUAAGAAUGAUGGAGGCCACUGUGUUCUUGGGGACCUUCAAUGCUGCAGAAAUGUUUUGGUACCCUUCCCCAGAUCUGUGCCUCGACACGAUCCUGUCUCGGAGCUCUACGGACAAUUCCUUCGACCUCUUGGCUUGGUUCUUGCUCUGGCAUGCACUGUCAACUUUGGGACCUUUAUAUAGACAGGUGUGUGCCUUUCCAAAUAAUGUCUAAUCAAUUGAAUUUAUCACAGAUGGACUCCAAUCAAGUUGUAGAAACAUCUCAAGGAUGAUCAAUGGAAACAGGAUGCGCCUGAGCUCAAUUUCGAGUCUCAUAGCAAAGGGUCUGAAUACUUAUGUAAAUAAGGUAUUUCAGUUUUUUUUUUAUAUACAUUUGCAAACCUUUCUAAAAACCUGUUUUCGCUUUGUCAUUAUGGGGUAUUGUGUGUAGUUUGCUGAGGAUUUUUAUUUAUUUAAUCCAUUUUAGAAUAAGGCUGUAACGUAACAAAAUGUGGAAAAAGUCAAGGGGUCUGAGUACUUUCCGAAGGCACUGUACAUGUUAAGUCAUUGGAAAUGGUUGUGUUUGUGUCCUAACCUCCUCUAACCUGUCUGUCUUUUACAGCGGAAGGAUAUGCUAUCAGGAUAUGUACAAAUUGUUGCGUUUUAUCUCGCCUCCUCUCGGCUUAGGGAAGAAGUGUCCUAAUAGGGUGGCCUACAAGGUUUGCAACCCCACACACCCCUUAAUCAUAAAGGGAUGACUUGGAAGUGGAGAGUGAAUGAAUGUGAAUGACUCCUAGUGCCAGAGAUUCAACCACACACACCUCCCAUACUAACCAUCUGGUGGGUAACCAUGGCAACUAAUGGAAAACAAUGCCACAAUGUAAGUCUCAUUACAGUAUACUGACCAGGCUUCAUCAUCAAGCUCUGUUUUCACCAUACUGAAUGCAGUAUGCAUUAGGCCUAUAUAGUUUUCUCAAAGUAGGCCUGAGAGACUGUUUGAACCAGUGCACGCACACACAGAGUAAAGUAAAGGUUAUGAGAAUUGUGUGCUUUGUUUCCGAUGUUCAAUUUGGUUACCGCUGAUGUCUCGGAGCAUGCAGGAACAGAAGACAUCUGAACAGUGAAGCUGCAACCUUGCCCUGAGCAUACAGUACCAGUCAAAAGUUUGAACACACCUACUCAUUCCAGGGUUUUUCUUAAUUUUUUUACAAUUUUCUACAUUGUAGAAUAAUAGUGAAGACAUCAAAACUAUGAAAUAACACAUGUGGAUUCAUGUAGUAACCGAAAAAGUGUUAAACAAAUCAAAAUAUAUUUUAUAUUUGAGUUUCUUCAAAGUAGCCACCCUUUGCCUUGAUGACAGCUUUGCACACUCUUGCCAUUCUCUCAACCAGCUUCAUGAGGUAGUCACCUGGAAUACAUUUCAAUUUACAGGUGUGCCUUGUUAAAAGUUAAUUUGUGGAAUUUCUUUCCUUCUUAAUUCGUUUGAGGAAUCAGUUGUGUUGUGACAAGGUAGGGUUGGUAUACAGAAGAUAGCCCUAUUUGGUAAAAGACCAAGUCCAUAUUAUGGCAAGAACAGCUCAAAUAAGCAAAGAGAAACGACAGCCCAUCAUUACUUUAAGACAUGAAGGUCAUUCAAUCUGGAAAAUGUCAAGAACUUUGAAAGUUUCUUUGAGUGCAGUCGCAAAACCCAUCAAGCGCUAUGAUGAAACUGGCUCUAAUGAGGACCGCCACAGGAAAGGAAGACCCAGAGUUACCUCUGCUGCAGAGGAUAAGUUCAUUAGAGUUACCAGCCUCAGAAAUUGCAUCCCAAAUAAAUGCUUCACAGAAUUCAAGUAACAGACACAUCUCAACAUCAACUUUUCAGAGGAGACUGCGUGAAUCAGACCUUCAUGGUCGAAUUGCUACAAAGAAACCACUACUAAAGGACACCAAUAAGAAGAAGAUCUUGCUUGGGCCAAACAACAGGAGCAAUGGACAUUAGACCGGUGGAAAUCUGUCCUUUGGUCUGAUGAGUCCAAAUUUGAGAUCUUUGGUUCCAACCGCCGUGUCUUUGUGAGACGCAGAGUAGGUGAACAGAUGAUCUCUGCAUGUGUGGUUACCACCAUGAAGCAUGGAGGAGGAGGUGUGAUGGUGUGGGGGUGCUUUUCUGGUGACACUGUCUUUGAUUUAUUUAGAAUUCAAGGCACACUUAACCAGCGAUACACCAUCCCAUCUGGUUUGUGCUUAGUGGGACUAUCAUUUGUUUUUCAACAGGACAAUGACCCAACACACCUCCAGGCUGUGUAAAGGAUAUUUUACCAAGAAGGAGAGUGAUGGAGUGCUGCAUCAGAUGACCUGGCCUCCACAAUCACCCGACCUCAACUCAAUUGAGAUGGUUUGGGAUGAGUUGGAAAAGCAGCCAACAAGUGCUCAGCAUAUGUGGGACCUCCUUCAAGACAGUUGGAAAAGCAUUCCAUGUGAAGCUGAUUGAGAGAAUGCCAAGAGUGUGCAAAGCUUUCAUCAAGGCAAAGGGUGGCUACUUUGAAGAAUCUAAAAUAUAACACUUUUUUGGUUACUACAUGAUUCCAUAUAUUUCAUAGUUUUGAUGUCUUAACUAUUAUUCUACAAUGUAGAAAAUAGUAAAAAAUACUUGAAUGAGUAGGUGUGUCCAAACAUUUGACUGGUACUGUACAUAAAGUGCCUUGCAAAAGUAUUCAUCCCCCUUGGCGUUUUUCCUAUUUUGUUGCAUUACAACCUGUAAUUUAAAUGGAUUUUUAUUUGGAUUUCAUGCAAUGGACAUACACAAAAUAGUCCCCCAAAAAAUAACUUGUUUCAAAUAAUUCUAAAAAAUGAAUAACGGAAAAGUGGUGCGUGCAAAUGUAUUCACCCCCUUUGCUAUGAAGCCCCUAAAUAAGAUAUGGUGCAACCAAUUACCUUCAGAAGUCACAUAAUUUGUUAAAUCAUUUCCACCUUGUGCAAUCUAAGUGUCACAUGAUCUCAGUAUAUAUACACAUGUUCUGAAAGGCUCCAGAGUCUGCAACACCACUAAGCAAGGGGCACCACCAAGCAAGCGGCACCAUGAAGACCAAGGAGCUCUCCAAACAGGUCAGGGACAAAGUUGUGGAGAAGUAUAGAUCAGGGUAGGGUUAUAAAAAAAUAUCAGAAACUUUGAACAUCCCACGGAGCACCAUUAAAUCCAUUAUAAAAAAAUAGAAAGAAUAUGGCACCACAACAAACCUGCCAAGAGAGGGCCGCCCACCAAAACUCACGGACCAGGCAAGGAGGGCAUUAAUCAGAGGCAACAAAGAGACCAAAGAUAACCCUGAAGGAGCUGCAAAGCUCCACAGCGGAGAUUGGAGUAUCUGUCCAUAGGACCACUUUAAGCCGUACACUCCACAGAGCUGGGAUUUACGGAAGAGUGGCCAGAAAAAAGCCAUUGCUUAAAGAAAAAAAUAAGCAAACACGUUUGGUGUUCGCCAAAGGCAUGUGGGAGACUCCCCAAACAUAUGGAAGAAGGUACUCUGGUCAGAUGAGACUAAAAUUUAGCUUUUUGGCCAUCAAGGAAAACACAAUGUCUGGCGCAAACCCGACACCUCUCAUCGCCCCGAGAACACCAUCACCACAGUGAAGCAAGGUGGUGGCAGCAUCAUGCUGUGGGGAUGUUUUUCGUUGGCAGGGACUGGGAAACUGGUCAGAAUUGAAGGAAUGAUGGAUGGCGCUAAAUAUAGGGAAAUUCUUGAGGGAAACCUGUGUGUCUUCCAGAGAUUUGAGACUGGGACGGAGGUUCACCUUCCAGCAGGACAAUGACCCUAAGCAUACUGCUAAAGCAACACUUGAGUGGUUUAAGGGGAAACAUUUAAAUGUCAUGGAAUGGCCUAGUCAAAGCCCAGACCUCAAUCCAAUUGAGAAUCUGUGGUAUAUCUUAAAGGUUGCUGUACACCAGCGGAACCCAUCCAACUUGAAGGAGCUGGAGCAGUUUUGCCUUGAAGAAUGGGCAAAAAUCCCAGUGGCUAGAUGUGCCAAGCUUAUAGAGACAUACCCCAAGAGACUUGCAGCUGUAAUUGCUGUAAAAGGUGGCUUUGGGGGGGUGAAUAGUUAUGCACGCUCAAGUUUUUCUUCUGUCUUAUUUCUUGUUUGUUUCACAAGAAAAAAAUAAUAAUAUCCAUUUUAAUUCCAGGUUGUAAGGCAACAAAAUAGGAAAAAUGCCAAGGGGGUUGAAUACUUUCGCAAGCCACUGUACCCAUCAUGAUCAAUCCAACCUCAUGAUUCUGCCAUCUGAAUUCCCAGAAAACACCAUACCCUCUUCCUCUCCAAUCCUGGGAUCCAUCCUUGUUUCAUGCAGGACAGGGAUGGCAUCCCGCCCCUGAAUCCACUGCCCACUGCCCUGUACAUCUAAAAUAACACAGAUGUCUGUUUUUGUCAUUUUCUCUUCUGUUUUACCAUCUUCUUUUGGUAAUUUCUAACUCCCCCUGCCCCCUCCUCCUACCUUACCUGGAUACCUCCAACCCUCUCUCUGACCCCUGUGAUCUCCACCUGUGACUUCUCCCCCUGUGAAGUGGCCGUAUGACCUACCUCGAUAUGUACGAGAUGCUCCGUCACAUGUCCCCUCCGCUAGGUUUGGGAAAGAAAUGUCCGCCCAGAAUCGCCUACAAGGUAGACUCUUUCCCCCUCCUCCCACUUCUUCCCCGAGCAGUCUUCCUCUCACCCCUGUCGCUCACUCCCACCUGCCCUGUAUAUCCCGGCUUCUGUCAGUCUGUCACAGCCACUUCCUGCUGUGCUCUUGUUGUGUCCUUGUUGUUGCUCUUUCUGUCUGUUUGUGACGUUCUCUUCUGCCUUCUGCCUUCUCUCAGUGUUUGGUGUUUAGUGUUCUCCGUCUGGCCAUUUAGACUUGUUUUGUUUUUAAACUAUGUUUUCAUUCUGUUCAACGAAGAAGAAAUUAAGACUGACAGUUCACACAAGCCACACUAUUACCAUGAAGUUUGCAAAAAAAAUCACUGUAUUUACUUUCUUUGGAUUUUUUCUUUUUAUAUUUUUAAACAAACGUGCCGUUUCACAUAAAAUGAGAUAAUGAAUACGAGGUUAGAAAGUGGCAGAAUUCCCCUUUAAUUAGAGUCCUAUAGAACCAAGGUAAUGAUUGUUCAGUACUCAGGUACACUUUGUAUGUGGCGUUUACCACUGUGAGUGGUUCUAUCAUGUACACAGCUGUCUAGAUGAAUCAUGGAUAAAAGCGUCUGCCAAGCGACUAGUUGGGUCUGACUUGUGUGGCUUCUCCAAAUAUAACUCCAGCUUUUGAGAGAUGAAUCGACAGGGAGAAAUGAUAGAGAUAUGCGGCACACUGGAGCGAGGCUAGGCUUUUUUAUUUUACUUCCUCCCUUUCUUUGCUGUUGUGGAAAAUGCAUUUAGCUCAACUCCCUCCCUAAUGAACACAGUGGUUCCUGUGUAUCUCUGUUGUCCCUCUGUCACCCUCUGUUUUCAACUCCUCAUUUUCCGCUCUGGCUAUGAGCAGAGCGUCACAAUCCCUGCUAAAUUACCUUUCUUGUCCUCCCUGUUGGGAUUUUUCCUUCCUCUCAUCUGCCCAGCUCCACUUUGUGUGUGUGGGUGAUCUGGUGGGUGUAUGCAUGCGUGUGUGCGUGUGUUUUUGACAUCAUGUGUGUACCUGUAUGUGUAUAUACAGUAUUUGUAUGUUUGGGUGAUGGCCUCACGUGUCUGUGGUUUUCCUGUCUCUCUAGUGGACACUACAUGACAUGUCAGACCCUCCACAUCACUUCCUCCUCUUCCCCCUCUCCUCUUCUCCUUCUGUAUUGUAACAACUCCCGCAUGGAAGUACGUUCUCUUGAGCUCAAGGGAGGCUUGCUUGCACGCACAUACACACACACACACACACACAAACACACACACAUCUCAUCUGCGAUUCCCCUCCACUUGGCUUGAAGACAAUAGGAUCCGUCCUUCCCAGUGUCUGCAUGUGUUUGUGUGCAUCCUCAUUCUGCCUCCCCAUUAGCCCUGCAUCAAGCUCUACAUGCAUGUAUGUCACUAUGGCUGAGUCUCAAAUGGCAGUCUAUUCCCCAUAUAUUGCACUAGUUUUGCCCAGAGCCCUAUGGGCCCUAGUCAAAAGUAGUGCACUAUAUAGGGAAUAGUGUGCCUUUUGGGAUGCAGCCUAUCACUCUGCUCUGCUAGCCUCCUCACAAUGAAAGGAGGCUUGGAGGAGUGUGGCCCCAUAACACAGACAUGGUUUCAUUCAUUCAUCCUUUCAUAGCAGCACUAAAACAUACUACUCCAGGGCUUGCCUUGGAUGCAUGCUGACAUUAUGUAAUGUGGUCACUGAAUUCAGAAAAGGACUAACUACACUCCACUUCAUCCACACCACUCAUAGUUUCUAGUAAAUUGCUAUUAAGUCCAUAAGAUGAUGAACUCACCAUACAUUUCUCUAAGCCAAAUAAAACCCUGACAUGUUUUGAGGAGUCCUAAUGCACAUUGCGUUGAUUUGUUGUCCCUCUCAAUGUCCAUCUCAAACAUCGACCCAUAGUCUUACUCUCACAUUACCAUUUGCAUGGAGUGUUGCUCUGAAUGUUCUCUCUCCUCUCUGGGAUGUCUUGUGUUGUUGUGUUCCUUGGAAAGCUCUUCUGUGUGCUGGUCUGAAACUAAGCCAAGCCACUGGCUGUCAGAAGUCCACACUUACUCUCAAGUGAAACAUAUCAACUAAUUCUGCAUGUUUAGUGUCCAUAUUAGGACAGUUUCAGACUCUGCAGGACUUGUGUCAGUCUCGGUUCCAUCAUUUAACAUGGAAAUACUCUACAGCCAGCACACAUAACCUCCCCAAAGAGCUAUUGAUCCUAACAUGUGCUAACGUGGGUGUUCUAAUGGGCCCUCACCAUGGUUUCUAUUCUCCUUAGCGAUUGGUUAAGAUGAACAUGCCCAUCGCCGAUGACAACACGGUGCAUUUCACAUCCACUCUGAUGGCUCUCAUCCGCACCGCUCUGGAGAUCAAACUGGCAUCUGGUCAGUGACCUUUAACCUAAGCACCUCUACACAUGAACACACUCCAACCACAGUAGUAGAAUAUGAAUAUGGCAAAUACAAAUCAUAAAUCAAGUAAAAAAAUAUAUGAAAAAUAAGGUACUCAUUUUGUUUACUUAAAGAAAUCACAAUAUGUAAUCAUUCAAAGAAGAGGGUGGUGGCCUAAUAAACCUGUCCUGCUAGGUCCAGGGCCGUAUGUAUCAAGCAUCAACAGUAGGAAUGCUGACUUCGGAUCAGUUUAGCCUUUUAGAUCAAAAUGAAUUAACUUACAUGGACAGGGGGGGACCUGAUCCUAGAUCAGCACUCUACUCUGAGAUGCUUGAUACAUAUGGGCCCUGAUAGGGAUGUGUGGGACAUUAGUGUGUGGUGCUGAUGAACGAGUGUGGAUGGAUGUGAUGUGACAUAGGAGUUUCUCUCCUCAGGCGUCCUGGCCCAGCGCCUGUGUGACGCUGACCUGAGGAAAGAGAUCUCCAGAGUCUGGCCCAACCUGCCUCAGAAGACUGUUGACCUGCUGGUCACACCAUAUAAAAGUAAGCCAAGCUCUGUGUGUGUGUGUGUGUGUGUGUGUGUGUGUGUGUGUGUGUGUGUGUGUGUGUGUGUGUGUGUUAAAGGAUGUGAGUGAGAAACUGAAAUACAGAGAAAGAACUUAGAAAGACAGAAAAGACAGGCUUCACCAAAUCCCAGUCAUCCCUUGAGUGAGUGUGUAGGCCCAGCUGCUUUCUACUCAUUCUGCUCUUUUUACUGCUUGUUCAGUCUACUCUGUGUAUGUGGGAGGAGCUAUAUUUACACACACACACACACACGGCCUGACUACAGUACAUUCGCCCUCAUUCUGUCUCCUUCGCUGCCAUCUAGUGGUAGUGGAGAGAAGACAACUAGUGCUUUUCUCCACUACUCUCUCCAUCUUCCAUCUCACCUUCUUCCUUCUCUUCUUUCAGUUGAUGAGUUCAAUGAGCUCCUUUGCCCCUUUGCGGUUGUAAACCGAGAGCUGACAGUGGGGAAGGUCUACGCUGCCCUCAUGAUCUUUGACUACUACAAGCAGAACCGGGCCAAGAGACUGGAACAGCAACUGGGACUGGACUUCACAGGGACAAUUAAGGUAGGAUAUGGCCCCAACAUAGAGUUGGAUAAAGGGCUCAUCUUUGCCAUAAUUGCUUCUGUGACAGUAUGGGGAGGGCCAUUGAGGGUUAUCUCCACUUCUUCAAAAUGGUGAAAGUCGUCAAUGGCGCUUCCCAUGCAAAAACAGGCUUUGUGGCAAGUGAGCCCUCUAUCCAACUCUAUUGGCCUCAAAUAUGCACUCAUGCAUGGGACUGACUCUCAUGGAUGCUCCCGAGAUAAAUCGACCCAUACAGACAAAAAGGCAUUGGGCCCUAUGGUGUUAUUUUGGGGACAAAUUAUUAGCGAGUUAUAGGCUCCAAAUCCAUUGAAUGUAUCUCUACUGUGAGGUCCAGAUGAAGAGCUAGAAAUGUGAUGGAAUUCAAUGCAUUCAUAAUAUCACUUGAUUAUUUUCUCCUCUCUCUGUGUCUCCUGUAGAGUAAAAAGGGUCCAACCUUCUUCCGACCCAUGACCAUGACCCAUAUGCAGGAGGAGGUGACGCCAAUCACCAGUGCCAAUCCCCUGCCAUCCUCCCAGCCUGAACCAGCGUCUCAGCCAGAGCCCCUGCCCUCUACCACCUCUCUAACCAAUGGGGAUGCAGUGUGAGUGCCCACCCAUGGGGUUUUCUUAGCAGACAUAGAGUCAUGAAUAUCAAUGGAUUAACAUACACAUACUGUACACGGGUAGUAAAGCAGGUAAUGUUAGAUGUAGCACAUCACGUUAACUAAUAAUGUAACUAAUAUGGUUGUGUGUGUGUGACCUCAGACCAAGCCCUAGAAGUGCCAUAAGAGAGUCAGGAGAGCAGCUGUCUCAGGAGGGCCAGUGGUCCAGCAGUAGAAAUAGGACUCUACAGAGGGGCCAGUCAGAGGACGUGCCCUACUCCAACAAACCUCAGGUACUUACACUACCGGUCAAAAGUUUGGACACACCUACUCAUUCAAGGGUUUUUCUUUAUUUUUACUAUUUUCUAUAUUGUAGAAUAAUAUUGAAGACAUCACACUAUGAAAUAACACAUAUGGAAUCAUGUAGUAACCAAAAAAGUGUUAAACAAAUCAAAAUAUGUUUUAUAUUUGAGAUUCUGCAAAUAGCCACCCUUUGGCUUGAUGACAGCUUUGCACACUCUUGGCAUUCUCUCAACCAGCAUCACCUGAAAUGCUUUUCCAACAGUCUUGAAGGAGUUCCCACAUAUGCUGAGCACUUGUUGGCUGCUUUUCCUUCACUCUGCAGUCCGACUCAUCCCAAACCAUCUCAAUUGGGUUGAGUUCGGGGGAUUGUGGAGGCCAGGUCAUCUGAUGCAGCACUCCAUCACUCUCCUUCUUGGUAAAAUAGCCCUUACACAGCCUGGAGGUGUGUUGGGUCAUUGUCCUGUUGAUAAACAAAUUAUAGUCCCACUAAGCCCAAACCAGAUGGGAUGGCAUAUCGCUGCAGAAUGCUGUGAUAGCCAUGCUGUUUACGUGUGCCUUGAAUUCUAAAUACAUCACAGACAGUGUCACCAGCAAAGCACCAUAACACCUCCUCCUCCAUGCUUUACGGUGGGAACUACACAUGCGUAGAUCAUCCGUUCACCCACACUGCGUCUCACAAAGACACAGCGGUUGGAACCAAAAAUCUCCAAUUUGGACUCCAGACCAAAGGACAGAUUUCCACCUGUCUAAUGUCCAUUGCUCGUGUUUCUUGGCCCAAGCAGGUCUCUUCUUCUUAUUGGUGUCCUUUAGUAGUGGUUUCUUUGCAGCAAUUCGACCAUGAAGGCCUGAUUCACACAGUCUCCUCUGAACAGUUGAUGUUGAGAUGUGUCUGUUACUUGAACUCUGUGAAGCAUUUAUUUGGGCUGCAAUUUCUGAGGCUGGUAACUAAUGAACUUACCCUCUGCAGCAAAGGUCUUCCAUUCCUGUGGCGGUCCUCAUGAGAGCCAGUUUCGUCACAGUGCUUGAUUGUUUUUGCGACUGCACUUGAAGAAACGUUCAAAGUUCUUUACAUUUUCCGUAUUGACUGACCUUACUAGAUGAUUCCAUAUGUGUUAGUUCAUAGUUUUGAUGUCUCCACUAUUAUUCUACAAUGUAGAAAAUAGUCAAAAUAAAGAAAAUACCUUGUAUGUGUGUCCAAACUUUUGACUGGUAGUGUACCAAAGAUGUGAAUUAUGCAAGCAACCACCGUACCAGCAUUCACUCUGGUACCCUCAACUUAACUUUUAGGAAUCAGUGGAGAUGAGGCAGGUGGAGAACGGUGCUGAUAUAGGGGGCUACUCUGGUCUUGAUGGCCAUGGCAGAGCAGCCUCCAUGCCAAGACUGGACUCCCAGUACUAUGUAAGUCCUUCAUCACUCACCGCCUUACUGUACCCCUUUACUCUCUCACAAAGGACCCCACCAGGACCCGCUAGGGCUGCCAACAUGGUGCCUGCACAAAUCAAAGGGCAUUGAUUCUACAAAUAGGACAAUGUCAACAUUAGGACAAUUCUAGUUGUACAGCAGUACAAAUUAUACAGGUUAGGGUUCGUACAACACAGUUAAUACUCCAGAGUUGACAGUAUUAAAUAAUACUUUCUCAGACAGUCAGUAGUACUUGAUGCUGAUAUUACUAUGAUACAUAGUCCAAGAGGAAGGGAGUGAGGAAAGUAGUAGAAGUGAAAGAGAACAUACAGUAGGAUAGAGAAAGAUAGAGUAGAAGAAAGACAGAAGAUAAAGGUAGGUAGGAAGACAUUAAUUAGUGAAAGCAGCCACAGGCUAACUAAAGCAGAGAUGCUGUCUGUCAGUGCACAUCAAGUCAUUCUGCUGACCUUGUGUGAAUCCCAAAUGGCACCCUAUUCCCUAUACAAUAUACCCAUAUGACUCUGGUCAGAACUAGUGCACUAUAUAGGGAAUAGGGUGCCAUUUGUGAUGUAGACCUUAUGUGACAUCUCACUAUAAUAUUUCCUCAACAAUUCUGAAUGUAGAGCCAUGUCCCCAGCAAUACAGUGACUGGAACAGAUAGCGACACUGUACCUGAACGAGAAUAAUGUUUAUCUCUGUUAACACAGAGUAUUUAGCAUACUACACAAUAUUUAAAAAAUAAUGUUUUAAACAACUGAUGCUAAUCUGAUGUAAUAUAAUAAUGUCAUUUGCAAAUAUCUCUCUCCCCGAAAAGUUCAGGUGAAAUUUUUUUAGGGAAUUGCAUAAAACCUUAUUUCAACUAUGCCCCAUCUUCAUCAUGCUGUUUAUAAAUGUUGAAAUCCAUUUCCACAUAUUUUUUGACCCAUUUGCAUGAUUUUGUUUUUCACACAAACGUUAUUAUAUCCAUUAUGGAUAUAGUCAAUGUCCAAAAUUGUUUUCCCCUUAUAUUAAUUUUCUGUAUUUUUAUUAAUGUCUUUCAUUUUUUUUCUCCAUAUUUUUCUCCCUGCUCCGAUGGUAAAUGGAGUCCUGGUUUCUUCCCUCUUGAAUACUUUUUCUGGACCCUUCUUUCCAGCUGUGUGAUUGGUUCACACGUCUAACCAUAUGAAACAUGUCUGUCUCGCUUUGCUGUCGAUCUGUCUUCCUGUCUCCCCAUCCACUCCCAUUCCUCCCAUCCUCCCUCCUCUUCUCCUCUUGACUCCCAUGGCUAAUGUUGUGCCCACCUCCCUCCUGUGUCUAAUAGCGGAACCACCCUCGCCUCCUACCUGGGACCUACCUGGCAGUAUGUACACCUGUUCCGCCUCUCCUCUCCUCUCCUCUCCUCUCCUCUCCUCUCCUCUCCUCUCCUCUCCUCUCCUCUCCUCUCCUCUCCUCUCCUCUCCUCUCCUCUCCUCUCCUCUCCUCUCCUCUCUCUCUUUCUAUAUAUCUCUUUCCCUUUCUCUCUCGCAUUCCUCUUUUUCAAACUCUAUGUUUGCCUCUGUGCUCCCUCCAUUCCAGUGUGGAGUUCGCACAUUUCUAGACAUCUUUGAAAUGCGAGUCAGGUAGAGCUUUUAUUUGUCUUAAAGGAGCAGUGUUGUAUUUUGAGACAGGCUUGAAUAAGCUAAGUAGCCAAUAGGCAGAGGGGAGCAUCAUUUAUCUGAUUCUCUGUAAUAAUGGAAUGGGAAUAAUAAUGCAUUUUAAAUUGUAAAGUGGUUUCUUGCAUCAAACAACACAACAUUUUCAGUCACCUCCUUGUCUGAAGGACGAGUGGAUAAACAGAUUAAUGUCAAACCCUGCAUGAUUUUUUCAAAAAUCCUACAUUGAACACCACACCUUGGCUGCUACUGUAGGCUGAAUGAUAGAACAGCUAUUUCCAUGUUAAAACUGUAAAAGUUGCAUUUUCUCCGUUGUUUUUUAUGGUGAUCCAAUCAGGUAGGCCUACAUUAUGAUCUAAUCGCCACAGUAGCCUACUUGGCCACUGUUAAAACUGUAACUUAAAGCGGGUACAGCCUCAGUGUUCAUAGUAAACACGCGCUGGAAGUUGCACAGAAUUUUCACAAUGUUCAAGUUUGCGUUCAGCAGACCUGAAAUUUGUUCAGAGCCGAAAACUAUUAGAGGGAACAUUGCUCACCAUCAGUCUGACACUCUUUAGACAUUAGUUUAAGCCCAUAUUGGUGUGAGUAGUCAAGAUCCACAUCACCCACAGUAGAACUAUUGUUCAGUGUUUUAGUACUUUGAAUGUUCCCCCACAUACAGAGCAUUCGGAAAGUAUUCAGACCCCUUGACUUUCUCCACAUUUUCUUAUGUUACAGCCUUAUUCUAAAGUUGAUUGUUUUUUUCCCCUCAUCAAUCUACACACAAUACCCCAUAAUGACAAAGCAAAAACUGGUAUUUAUAAUGUUUUGCUAAUUUAUUAAAAAUAUAAAAUUGAAAUAUCACAUUUACAUAAGUAUUCAGACCCUUUACUCAGUACUUUGUUGAAGCACCUUUGGCAGCGAUUACAGCAUUGAGUCAUGUUGGGUAUGACUCUACAAGCUUGGCACACCUGUAUUUGGGGAGUUUAUCCCAUUCUUCUCUGCAGAUCCUCUCAAGCUCUGUCAGGUUGGAUGGGGAGCAUCGCUGCACAGCUAUUUUCAGGUCUCUACAGAGAUGUUAGAUCGGGUUUAAGUCCGGGCUCUGGCUAGGCCACUCAAGGAUAUUCAGAGACUUGUCCCAAAGCCACUCCUGCAUUGUCUUGGCUGUGUGCUUAGGGUCGUUGUCCUGUUGGAAGGUGAACCUUUACCCCAGUCUGAGGUCCUGAGCGCUCUGGAGCAGGUUUUCAUCAAGGAUCUCUCUGUACUUUUCUCCGUUCAUCUUUGCCUCAAUCCUGACUAGUCUCCCCGUCCCUGCCGCUGAAAAACAUCCCCACAGCAGGAUGCUGCCACCACCAUGCUUCACCGUAGGGAUGGUGCCAGGUUUCCUCCAGACGUGACGCUUGGCAGUCAGGCCAAAGAGUUAAAUCUUGGUUUCAUCAGACCAGAAAAUCUUGUUUCCCAUAGUCUGAGAGUCUUUAGGUGCCUUUUGGCAAACUCCAAGUGGGCUGUCAUGUGGCUUCCGUCUGGCCACUCUACCAUAAAUGCCUGAUUAGUGGAGUGCUGCAGAGAUGGUUGUCCUUCUGGAAGGUUCUCCCAUCUCCACAGAGGAACUCUGGAACUUCGACUCUCAUAGCAAAGGGUCUGAAUACUUAUGUAAAUAAGGUAUUUCUGUUUUUUAUUUGUAAUACAUUUGCAAACAUUUCUAAAAACCUGUUUUCGCUUUGUCAUUAUGGGGUAUUGUGUGUAGAUUGCUGAGGAUACAUUUUUUAAAAUCCAUUUUAGAAUAAGGCGGUAACAUAACUAAAUGUGGGAAAAGUCAAGAGGUAUGAAUACUUUCCGAAUGCAUGGUACGCCAAACACCCUUUCUGCUUUCUUUCCAUGAAUUGACAAUCAUAUGAUAUUUUUGAGAAUUAGUGUUUUGAAUGUUGUUUCAGUGGGUGGUGUGUUAAUGUUUAAUGUAAUCAGGGACUGCUAUUUUCCUACUUUCCUACUUUCCUACUGACAUAACUGUACUGUUCUCUCUUUGUAUGUUGUUGUCGUUGUUGUUGUUGUACAAUCCACUGACUGAAGCUACUGGCCAGGACUGUGUGAUAGGAACUCUUGGAACAAGCACAACGGAGUGUAUACCUCAAGAAUCAAUUUGGUUUUCAUCUAGAAUAUCAGUCAGUUGACUUGUGGCCGUACCGAUUCAACAAUGAAUUAAGAACUAAACUUAGAACUGAAAAUUGAAUAGGACUUUUAUAUUGGGAAUACUCACAUGCUUUUUUGAGGAGACUAUGGCAGGAUGUCACCCAGGCUGUGACCACCAGAGGGAGUGAUAACGUAGUUAGCGUUCCAGCCUAUCAGCUUAGUUACUGUACCUCCAGUCCAGGCAGAGCCAUUCGGUCAGAUAAGAAUCCGGUAGGGGGGAGACAUUCCUAUUAAGCAACUACAGUAUCACCCUGAUGUUUAGUAUUGAAGUAGUUUAGAAAUAACUGUAAUGAUGUACACUACCAGUCAAAAGUUUGCACACACCUACUCAUUCAAGGGUUUUUCUUUAUUUUUUUACAAUUCUUUACAUUGUAGAAUAAUAGUGAAGACAUCAAAACUAUGAAAUAACACAUAUGGAAUCAUGUAGUAAAACAUAAAAGUGUUAAACAAAUCAAAAUAUGUUAUAUUGGAGAUUCUUCAAAUAGCCACCCUUUGCCUUGAUGACAGCUUUGCACACUCUUGGCAUUCUCUCAACCAGCUUCACCUGGAAUGCUUUUCGAACAGUCUUGAAGGAGUUCCCCCAUAUGCUGAGCACUUGUUGACUACUUUUCCUUCACUCUGCGGUCCGACUCAUCCCAAACCAUCUCAGUUGGGUUGAGGUCGGGGGAUUGUGGAGGCCAGGUCAUCUGAUGCAGCACUCCAUCACUCUCCUUCUUGGUAAAAUAGCCCUUACACAGCCUGGAGGUGUGUUGGGCCAUUGUCCUGUUGAAAAACAAAUUAUAGUCCCACUAAGCCCAAACCAGAUGGGAUGGCAUAUCACUGCAUAAUGCUGUGGCAGCCAUGCUGGUUAAGUGUGCCUUGAAUUCUAAAUAUAUCACAGACAGUGUCAGCAGCAAAGCACCCCCACACCAUAACACCACCUCCUCAAUGCUUUACGGUGGGAAAUACACAUGCAGAGAUCAUCCGUUCACCCACACCGCGUCUCACAAAGACACGGUGGUUGGAACCAAAAAUCUCACAUUUGACUCCAGACCAAAGGACACAUUUCCACCGGUCUAAUGUCCAUGGCUCGUGUUUCUUGGCCCAAGCAGGUCUCUUCUUCUUAAUGGUGUCCUUUAGUAGUGGUUUCUUUGCAGCAAUUCGACCAUGAGGGCAUGAUUCACACAGUCCCCUCUGAACAGUUGAUGUUGAGAUGUGUCUGUUACUUGAACUCUGUGAAGCAUUUAUUUGAGCUGCAAUUUCUGAGGCUGGUAACUCUAAUGAACUUAUCCUCUGCAGCAGAGGUAACUCUGGGUCUUCCAUUCCUGUGGCGGUCUUCAUGAGAGCCAGUUCUUGACAUUCUCCGUAUCGACUGACCUUAAUGUCUUAAAGUAAUGAUGAACUGUCGUUUCUCUAUGCUUAUUUGAGCAGUUAUUGUCAUAAUAUGGACUUGGUCUUUUACCAAAUAGGGCUAUCUUCUGUAUACAUUAAGAAGGAAAUAAAUUCCACAAAUGAACUUUUAAGAAGGCACACCUGUUAAUUGAAAUGCAUUCCAGGUGACUACCUCAUGAAGCUGGUUGAGAGAAUGCCAAGAGUGUGCAAAGCUGUCAUCAAGGCAAAGGGUGGCUAUUUGAAGAAUCUCAAAUAUAAAAUACAGUGGGGAGAACAAGUAUUUGAUACACUGCCGAUUUUGCAGGUUUUCCUACUUACAAAGCAUGUAGAGGUCUGUAAUUUUUAUCAUAGGUACACUUAAACUUUGAGAGACGGAAUCUAAAACAAAAAUCCAGAAAAUCACAUUGUAUGAUUUUUAAGUAAUUAAUUUGCAUUUUAUUGCAUGACAUAAGUAUUUGAUCACCUACCAACCAGUAAGAAUUCCGGCUCUCACAGACCUGUUAGUUUUUCUUUAAGAAGCCCUCCUGUUCUCCACUCAUUACCUGUAUUAACUGCAAUUGUUUGAACUCGUUACCUGUAUAAAAGACACCUGUCCACACACUCAAUCAAACAGACUCCAACCUCUCCACAAUGACCAAGACCAGAGAGCUGUGUAAGGACAUCAGGGAUAAAAUUGUAGACCUGCACUAGGCUGGGAUGGGCUACAGGACAAUAGGCAAGCAGCUUGGUGAGAAGGCAACAACUGUUGGCGCAAUUAUUAGAAAAUGGAAGAAGUUCAAGAUGACGGUCAAUCACCCUCAGUCUGGGGCUCCAUGCAAGAUCUCACCUCGUGGGGCAUCAAUGAUCAUGAGGAAGGUGAGGGAUCAGCCCAGAACUACACGGCAGUACCUGGUCAAUGACCUGAAGAGAGCUGGGACCACAGUCUCAAAGAAAACCAUUAGUAACACACUACGCCGUCGUGGAUUAAAAUCCUGCAGCGCACGCAAGGUCCCCCUGCUCAGGCCAGCGCAUGUCCAGGCCUGUCUGAAGUUUGCCAAUGACCAUCUGGAUGAUCCAGAGGAGGAAUGGGAGAAGGUCAUGUGGUCUGCUGAGACAAAAACAGAGCUUUUUGGUCUAAACUCCACUCGCCGUGUUUGGAGGAAGAAGAAGGAUGAGUACAACCCCAAGAACACCAUCCCAACCGUGAAGCAUGGAGGUGGAAACAUCAUUCUUUGGGGAUGCUUUUCUGCAAAGGGGACAGGACGACUGCACCGUAUUGAGGGGAGGAUGGAUGGGGCCAUGUAUCGCGAGAUCUUGGCCAACAACCUCCUUCCCUCAGUAAGAGUAUUGAAGAUGGGUCGUGGCUGGUCUUCCAGCAUGACAACGACCCGAAACACACAGCCAGGGCAACUAAGGAGUGGCUCCGUAAGAAGCAUCUCAAGGUCCUGGAGUGGCCUAGCCAGUCUCCAGACCUGAACCCAAUAGAAAAUAUUUGGAGGGAGCUGAAAGCCCGUAUUGCCCAGCGACAGCCCCGAAACCUGAAGGAUCUGGAGAUGGUAUGUAUGGAGGAGUGGGCCAAAAUCCCUGCUGCAGUGUGUGCAAACCUGGUCAAGACCUACAGGAAACGUAUGAUCUCUGUAAUUGCAAACAAAGGUUUCUGUACCAAAUAUUAAGUUCUGCUUUUCUGAUGUAUCAAAUACUUAUGUCAUGCAAUAAAAUGCAAAUCAAUUACUUAAAAAUCAUACAAUGUGAUUUUCUGGAUUUUUGUUUUAGAUUCCGUCUCUCACAGUUGAAGUGUACCUAUGAUACAAAUAACAGACCUUUACAUGCUUUGUAAGUAGGAAAACCUGCAAAAUCGGCAGUGUAUCAAAUACUUGUUCUCCCCACUGUAUAUUUUGAUUUGUUUAACACUUUUUUGCUUACUACAUGAUUCCAUAUGUGUUAUUUCAUAGUUUUGAUGUCUUCACUAUUAUUCUACAAUGUAGAAAAUAGUAAAAAUAAAGAAAAACCCUAGGUGUGUCCAAACGUUUGACUGGUAUUGUACUGACUACUAAUUGGCCACAUUGAUAGAAGCUGUCAAUGCAUUCAUUUCCAGCAGUCUUAAACUUCAUAAUGUUCUCUUUUGCCAUGUUAAUUUUACUGCGUAAUCAAGCUUCUUUCAAAGACAGAAAAAUCUGAGCUUGUCAAGGUGUGGAAUAUUUAAUGGGAAAUGUCAACACCCUUCUUUUUCUUACUUCACUAGCAGUGUCUCCUGCUAGCUUAUGACAAGUUUUAACAACUUGGACCCAACAUUAUGUACACCCAACCCCAAAUCAGACCUUACCUCUUACCCCCUAUGCACCUGUGUGUAUUCCAAAAAUGUGAUAGAUUUAGGCAGUAUGGUGAAUAUGGUACGGUGCCAGUAUGUUGCCACGUAGCGUGCCAGAGGCCAUAGCUCUGGUCCACGGCGUUACAUGUGGCUUGCUGAUGCUGUGCCAUCCUACAACGUCAGCAAGCCUCACAUAAUGCCCUGGACCCGAGCUAGCCAGGGGCCAGGGGCAAGGUAGAGUCAUUACCAUAUUGAUUAUACCUACCCUAUCCUUUCGGAUCUAUAUCAUGUGCCUAGGCCCUAGGGAUAGGGGCAAAGGGGUUGAUUUGGGAUUCGAAGGGUGCUAUGCCAAUCAUUAGUGAUGUGUUCAAGAUGAAAUAUAGUGAGUUGAAAUCGCGGAGUGUUUUAGUCAGAAAUGUCUCCUCAACAUCUGUGUCUGAAGAGGUUGAACGUCAGUCUCAAGCCCAGAGAGUGGUAUCCACCGGUCGGUCGUACCUCCUCGUCUGUACUGUGUCUAGUGAACAGUUUGGUGCUUGGUGCUCCAGUCCAGUAGUGCUUUGGUUGUGCUGUAUUCUAUAACACUCUAACGCUACACUACUAUGGUAGCUAGCCCUCCAUCUUGUAUUCCUCCACUCACUGUUCUUCCUCUUUGCUCGCUCCUCUCAGCCUAUUGCUGACAUCAGUCCUAUCAGACGGUCGGCAUCCAUGUUGGCUUCCCAGCGCCCCCAGGAGGUGAAUCUAAGGGACUACACCCUGGAGCGGCCCAGACAGGCCCAAGCCCAGGCCUCCUCAGCCCCAGGUCAGGCCCAGGACAGGACCCACCACCAUCACCACCACCACCGCUGUCACAGACGCAGGGACAAGGACCGGGACAAGAAGCAGAAGUCACUCGACAGGGCAACCAGCGUUCAGCCUUCUAGUACAGCAUGUGAGAGGGGUACCCACAUGAUGCAUGCAUGUGCAGAAACACAGAUGCACACACAGACUUGUUUCACAUGGUCAUGUACUCAUGUUCACAUGCAUACCUACACUUAUGCAGCAACAUACACACACUCAAAGAUAUCUCACUCACUGUGGAAUCCUAGUUGUUGAACUAUGAAUUCAUACAGAAAUAGAGUAAGGAAACCUUUCAUUCUCAGAGGCAGCGAAAGAAACCUAGAGACCUAGCACUUGUUCCAAAUCGCUUGGACGCCUUUGCAUAGUGGCAUAAAUUCCUUAUUGGAUUAAGGGCCUGAUCGGGUUAUGAAGGAAACGGGUUAUGAAGGAAAGGGGUUUCUCUGUUGCGCUUCCCUAAGGGCUUGAGCCAGGGAUUUUGCGUGUCAAGUUUUCCAUCUGACUAGCAAAGAGACUUAUGAGCUCCCUGAGGAAAAUCUGCUUUGUGGGGAUUAGAUUUUUGAUUUGUAUUCGGCGUUCUUCUUUGUACAAUGGCCUCAAAAAAAGUAGUUAUAAAAUGUUGGCUAAGCUGCUCCAAUAGUAGCUCCCCUUAUGGGUGAUGGGGCUGCCGCUCUACAAACUGUGUACGAUGUGAAAUUAGCCUGUCUCAUGUACAGGCUGUGACUGAGUGAGGCUAAAACCCCCUUUUACUUCUAGUCGAGAAUAUCUCAGGCAGCCUGAGCCCCACAGAACAUGGGCCUCAGCAGCCAAGAGUUGUGUUGGUGUAGUUCAUGUUUUCUCACAUAGGUCAAAGGUCAUAAAUACACACUCAAACCCAUACUGACCUAAUUCAUAGACAACCACACAGAUACCGUACCAUUUCACAUCGCUCAGAUACCAUGAUGACACCCCUAAGUCCCUGUUUGCUCUGUAUGAGGUAAUGUCUGAAGUUGCACCCUAUUCACUAUAUAGUGCACUAUUGACCAGGUCCCAUAGGGCUCUGGUCAAAAGUAGUGCACUACACAGGGAAUAGGGUGCCAAUUGGAACCUAGCCAUGAUCUCCAUGAAGCAGAAACAUGAUCCAUGGAACUGGUGGGCUGGCUGGUCAGCCAAGUGUCCACUGAUGAGGACAUGGAGGUGAUCUGCAAUAGAGAUCAGUCUGUGGUCAUGGUGUAGUGGAGAUGGAGGGUAAUGCCAGGAGCGCAGGGUGGUUUUUGUGUUAGCGUUGGAGGGCAGCAGCAGCUGGGCUUUAUUGGGCAGGCCCAGUCGGGGAUUUAUGGACACCUUUUGGCAGUGGAGGGGAGGGAAGGAAGGAGGGAGGUAGAGAUGAAGACAGAGAGGAGGAGAAGGCGAGAAGGCGAGAGGGAGGAGGGAAGGAGAGCGAGUUAGAGAGAGAGAGGGAGGGAGAUUAAGAGAAAGCGAUACAUUCCUCUGGGACAGACACACUAGGACAGGGCUCUGACACAUGAAGAGUGAAAAACAGCCACUUGAAGCUGUUCUGUCGUGGUUUUCAUCAGAACAUAGAAUUUUGGAAGAAAAUUGAAAGGUCAGCAGAAAUCACUUCCUGAUGUUUUGGCUUUAUUCCUUUUAAUUUGGUCUGAGGGAUGCACACACACACAUACUCCACAUGCGUGUAUGUUACUUCAGUCCCUAAUCCUGUGUGUGUGUGCCCCAGGUUCGCCUGUUGACCCUCCUGUAGAGGGCUUGUCCAGGGAGCGGGCGAGGGAGCGUGACCGUGGCCGGCCUCAGGAGAGGAGGCACCACUCUGCAGCCGGGGAGAAGAAGCGUUACUACUCCUGUGAGCGCUACGGAGGCAGGGAGCACUGCCACACCAAGUCAGCUGGCCCCAGCCGCUCCACCUCCCCUGGAGAGACUUACGACCUAGGCCUCUUCAAGCAGGUGAGUAGCCCUGGAGCUUGGGGUUGAGAGUGAGAUGUUAGUGCUGCUUUAGGGUGAGAUGAUUUAGGUUAGGGGGCCGAUAUCCUGUCCAUCACUUCAUCUCUACUGCUCUCUGCUUUGUUUUCUGUCUCCUGCAGAGUAUCGGCAUGGGUAAAGGCAGCCAAGCGGUCCUAACUUCUGGGUCUAUCACACCCUGCCGUGGGCGCAGACAGCUCCCCCAGACCCCCCUGACCCCCCGCCCCGCCGUGGCCUACAAGACUGGAAACUCCUUGCCUGUGCAGUUUGGUGCCACGGGGCACCAGUCCCUUCUCAGUCGUGGCCUCUCGGAUCAUAACGCUCUGCUGGAGUCACCCCCCUUGCCCGUCACCCUCAUUGGCUCAGACCCAAACCUGAGCCCCUGUCCACGGAACGCCCCUCCACACAGCCUCCCUGAGGAGCCUGACGACUUCCAGGAUGCUGUGAGCACCCAUGGAGGGAGCCGCUCCCCUAGGACCGCUGCCUCAGCCUCCCAUGGGGCUGCUGGGCCUUCUUCUGCCCCUGCCCCACAGGGCCGGGCUGGGGUCCCAAAUGGGUACCACUUCACUCUUGGGGUCAACGCCAGUUCAAGCUCCAGCCCCAGAGGGACUGGGAGCUUCCGGGAGAAGGAAGAGGAUGACUGGUGCUAG